UGUGACACUUAAAAUUUUGAGUCAUACAUUUAUAUAUUACAAAUUGAAUCAAUUUUUCACAUGUAGAAUUUAAAUUAAUUAUAAGCAGUUUGUAAUUAGUUUUAAAUUAAAAUUAUAUGAAGCACAAGUAUAUUUGUGUACUUUUUGUGUGGAUAGAACGCAUGCGCAUUUAUUUAAUUUUUUAGAAGUGAAGGGGCUACAAGUAAAUAUCCAUUUCCAAGAAUUUUCUUCUCCUACAUAAUUUGGGCGGUUAUUUAACGAGCUUGGUCUGCAAUAAUAUUAGAGGUUGUGAUUAUAUUUUGCCGCGCAAAUUGUUAGUAGCUGAUAAAAAUAUUACUGUACUAAUAUUUACAAACAAAAACGUGGAUUACAUCAUAAAUAAAGAAUAAUGGAGUCGGACUGUGAAAAUACUGAUAAAAAAAAGGAAAUUUUAACGGAAUGUGAGUUGGAUAAUGAUACGAGCAGGUUAGAAAUCAUAAAAAAACGUCCACGUGAGGAUGAUGACCUUGAUGAAGCAUGUAUUAAAAAACCUCGGGUCGAAGAAAAUAAAAAUGAGUCUAAAACCGACGAUGAUAUUUCUUCUAAAAAAAUGAAUGAUUCUCUACAAAAAGAUGUUGAUAAAGAAGAAAUUAAACAACUUAAAAAAGAUAAAACAAAUUCUGAAGAAAAUAAACCAUCAAGUGAAUCAAACGACUCUGAAAAAGAUGAAUCUAUUUUAAAUGAAAUUGAUGCAAAGGAUGAAAUGAGUAAACUUGCCUCUGUUAAUAAAAAAAUAAAUGACGAGACAGAUAAUUUUAAAUCUGAGAUUAAAAAUAAUGAUCAGGAUUCUGAAGUUGUCGAUGGCUUAGAACUUUCGGUAGAAUGUGCUAGUGAGAAAGAGGCCUCAUCGGACAGUGAAAAAGAAGAGGAAUUUAAAACUCGGCCAAAAACAAUUAUCGUUAAGGAACCAUCAAAUGAUUCAACAUUAGAGAUGAAAGUAUCAGAAGCCGAAAAUUCAGAUGAAGAUGAAGACAUGGAAGAAAAAAAAAUAAAAAAUGAUACAAAAAAUAAAACAGAUGGAAAAUCUGAUAAUUCUGAUGAAAAAAUUCCCUCAGAUACUGACAGUCCAAGUGUUAAAACUAAAAAGAUUAAGAAAAAAGAAAAUGAAUCAAAAAUUAUUAAUUAUAUUUAUCCAUUAAAUAUGGAUUCAGAAAGUGAUUCUGAUCGAGAUCAUGUUGAAAUAAAGAAAAAAAAAAAUGUUCAAACGUCAACUAAAAAACCGAAAAAUGCCAAGCAAUCUCGAGGUCGUCCUGCAAAAAAUACUAGAAAAUCUUCAGAAGAUGAAUUAAGUGAAAGUGAAAAUGAUAAAGAUGAUGAAAAUAUUUCUAAAGUUGAAGAGAACAAAGAUAAAAAAAAAUCAAAAUCUGUUGUAAAUCAUAAAGUAGACAACCAAAAUCAUUCAGAUGACAAUGAUGUUAGCGAUGAAGUCGAUACUAAAAGUGAUAAAUCGAAUAAAAAAUUAAAAUCUUCGAAAGCUUCCAAAGUUUCUAAAAAUAAUAAAAAUUCAAAACUUGUUAAAAAAAAAAAAAAUACUUCUGAAGAUGAGGAAAAUGAUGAAAAUGACAAUGAAAAGACCGAUAAUAAAAAGAAAAAUACUAAAGAUGUAGAAUCUGAUGGUACUGAUGAAUCUAAAAAAUCAUCAGAAAGUGAAGAUGAUGAUGACAGUAACAGCGAUGAAGAUGAAAAAGAUGGAGAUAAAAAUAAAAGUACAAAAAAAAAGCCCACCAAGGCAGCUACUUUUGAGAAAAAAGUUGCAAACUUAAAAAAAUUAAUACGCGAGGCAGGUAUAAGAGUACAAUGUUAUAAAAGAUUUUGGUCUGGUUGUAAAAGUGAUACACAACGGAUUAAUAAAUUGAAAGAAUUAUUAAAAGAAAAUGGUGUUUCUGGACGGCCAACUUUGGAAAAAUGCAGGGCAGCUAAACGUAAACGUGAACGUAUUCAAGAAGCUGCUUCUUUAAAUCCCAAAAAUAUUUUAUCAGAAGGUCGUGUAACUCGAUCUAGACGAGCUCCUCCAAAAAAACAAAAGUCUCCAACUCCACCGCCAAUUUCGCCUACUCGGCAUCAAGCAAUACGCAAAAAAAUUAAAGUCGUAAUCGAUAGUGACUCUGAAUAAUUUUUCAGUAAUUAUGAUUAAAAUAUUUGUUUUUAUUAUUCCUUAAGUAAUAACAUUUUAUUGAUAAAAAAUUUUAAUUUUAACAUAAAAAU